AUGGUCUCAUUCAGUUGUGAAGUGUGUAAUGACACUGUAGUCAAAAAGAAGUUGACUCAACAUACCAGACAAUGUCACGGAGCUUGUUUCACCUGUAUAGAUUGUAGCGUGACUUUCUAUAAUUUCGACUGGGACAAACAUACCAGUUGUAUUACUGAAUCAGAGAAGUAUGAAAAAUCUUUAUAUAAACCAAAGAAGAAAGGACCACAACCACAGAAGACCGUGGAAAAAGUAGACAAGCCAGUUGAAAAAGUCGAAACCAAAGAAACCAAAGUAGAAAAGAAAGAAAAGAAAGAUAAGAAAGAUAAGAAAGAAAAGUCAAAGAAAGAGAAACCUUCAAAACUUUCAGAACUUUUAUCUGAUUCAAUAACCUUGAAAGAUCUAUUAAACAAAUUACCAAAAUCCGAAAAGUCAUCUUUCAAAAAGUAUAAGGUUGUUAAGAAAGAUGGGAAAAUCAUUUUAUCUCCUUAA